AAAGAAGAAGAAAAAAACGUCACGGCAUCUUAGCAUAUUAUAUAGAGCCAGCAGACUCGCUGGUCACUUACACACUGAUACUCUAAGAGCAAAGACGGAAAGUGUACAAGACAGAAGUGGCACCAUAAUAAUGACCUGGAAAGGCCUCCCAUAUAUAAUAAUUUCAUCUCUCAUCUUCUCUGCUGCGCAGGAUAUCAGGAAUAUCAAGCAAAUAAGGCUGGUUGGCGGAAGAACCAUAAACGAGGGAAACAUACAGGUGGCAGUUAACGGUGUCUGGGGGAAUGUGUGUGACGACGGCUUUGGUUUCGCUGAAGCUGACGUUAUUUGCCGAGAACUUGGAUUCGAAGCGGCUGAUACCUUCACCUGGAAUAACCAUUUUGGUAAUAAUUCUUCAGAACUAAGGCGCGGCCGGACCAAGUACUGGCUGGAUCGACUGAACUGCGACGGCGUCACUCGCUUAGCAGGAUGCUCAUCCAGUCAGCUUGGAAUGCAUGACUGUGGUCCGACAGAGAUUGCAGGAGUGAUGUGUCGGACGCGCCACUCCAAGUGCUCUGGCCAAGAAUUCCCUUGCAGUGACGGAAGAGGCUGUGUGGCGCGUUCCCUCGUGUGCGAUGGCAGUGUUCACUGUCCGGACGGCAGUGACGAGAAGGAGGAGCUUUGUGAGGACGUAGGCGUGAUCAGGCUGAGGGAAAGUAUCAGACCCCUCGAGGUGCCCGGUAUGGUGGCUGGCACGGUGGCGGUGAAGCGACAGGGUUCCUGGGCCUCCCUGUGCGGCUAUUUCAAGGUCAACGAAGCCAGGGUGCUGUGCAGAAGUCUGGGCUACAGCGGCGACUGGACGGUGCUUUUUUACAAGGGGUACCUCGGGAAAGGUCUCAGCUCGCCCAUCUUUUCCCGGCCGCAGUGCGAGGGACACGAGACGUGGAUCGGCGAGUGCCCUGGCGAUACGUGGGGCGAGAAGAACUGUUCGAUCGGCACCGACCUGGGUCUCUUGUGCUCUCAAGAGGACGUCGCCGUGAGACUGGCGAAGGGGCAGCUGGAGGUCAGGCUGGAACGGUUUCCCUGGGCUAGCGUCUGCAGUGAGGGAUUCGAUGAUUUGGAUGCCCGGGUGGUGUGUCGUAUGAUGGGCCACGAGGGGGACGCCAUUGCAACGUCCGGUCCCCUGCGGUCGCCAGGCUCCGUUUGGAACGUCGUCAUGGACUGCGUCGGAUACGAAGUUCAACUCCAUCAGUGUAGACUUAGGCUUAUGAACCACACAUGUCACACCGCCGCAGGUGUCUCAUGUUCUAGCAAAAAAGGAGAAGUAGACGCCAAGCUGAGGUCCCUGUUGUCUACGGACUGCGGGGUUCCUGAGGACUCUUCGAGGCGGUAUAUCGGAGGGCUGGCCAAGAGCCGGGGCGGAAUCAUUCCCGCUCGGUUUGAUUUCCCUUGGCUGGUUUCCUUACGCAACAGAGAGCACACAGGAGGCGGCGCCCUGAUUUGUGGAGGAUCUAUCAUAUCAGAAGACUAUGUACUGACGGCAGGGCAUUGUUUGAAACGUAGAGGCGACCUCGGGUUCGUGAUCAGAGCCGGAGACUACAAUUCCCGCUUCGUUGAAGGCAGUUUUGAGCAGGUGUUCGAAAUUGACAAGGUAUGGGUCCACGAGCGCUACGGAGAACAUAAUUCUCUUGACAACGACAUCGCUCUUAUCAAGAUUCAGCGAAGGAACGGCAGAGGCUUCAGGUUCAGCGAGAGAGUGAAGCCAGUGUGCCUGCCCUCUUCCGACGCCACCUACGACGACCUUGGGGAAUGCAAGAUGGUGGGCUGGGGCGAGAGCGACUUCGAUGCCGGGGAAUAA